AAGUUUAAGAGAGAAGGCAAAAGAUCUCCUCCACCAAGGAAGUACUGUUGGUUCUCGAGCAUAAUGGCAAAGGCUUAUUUCAAGUUGUUCUGCAUCAUGGUUUUAACUCUUUUACUUUUUGGUGGUGAGAGUAAUAAUAUUGGAGUGGAAGGUAUCAACUUCAGCGUACCUUGCAAAACUGAUGCUGAUUGCAAGGCCCCACCGGGAGCAUGUGCUUGCAACGUUGAAAUCGGCCACUGUUUCUGCCCACCACCCAAACAAGAGCCGAAUCCAGAGAAUUCCAAGGGCGUCUAAGAAGGCAAUUAAAUCACAUGGAAGAUAGAGUUCAGUAUUAUGCAUGAGCAGAUCUCAAAAUAAUUCAUGUGUAUUCAUGAUCAGGCAAACAAUAAAAUAAAACUUUUGGAGUAGCACUUUCCUUUAAACCAGAUUCAUGCCUAUGCUUGCUUCUAUCUCAAUUUUUACCAUAGAAGUAGUCUCUUCCAAU